UCCGGAAUAGAGUGAUUGACAGAUGGUCAGUCCAAUCAGAAGCUGAAUGUAGAGGGACGCAUGUGAAGCUAGCGGAGGGGAUUAAACUGUAACGUUUAUGUUCAUAUUUUCUGACACACCGUCCAAACGGGAUGAAGUCCAUCCACAAUGUUCGCUGUUGUACAUGUUUCUUGACACGCCGCCCAGUGAAAGAGAGCGAUGUCCCCGCCAGCAGCUAAAUUCAUGGACAAGAUAAACCUCCAGGCAGAAAUAAAGGUGUGACGACAACAGACGGUGUAAAGGGGUUCCACUGCAGGCCAGUGUGUGCGUGGUCAUUUGUGUUUGUGUUAGUGUGUGUGUGUGUGUGUUAGUGUGUGUGUUUAUGGUUGUGUAUGCUUCUGAGUGAGUGGCAUAGCAGCUGGGGGUUGUAACGUGAUGCCAAGAUGCUGCUGUCUCUGGGAAUGCUGAUGCUGUCGGCCACGCAGAUUUACACCAUCUUCACUGUUCAGCUCUUCGCCUUCCUCAACCUGCUGCCCGUGGAGGCUGACAUCGCCGCCUACUCAUUUGACAACAAAACGGAGAACUUUGACGACCUGCCUGCGCGGUUUGGUUAUCGACUACCAAGUGAUGGACUGAAGGGCUUCCUGAUUGGGGCACGACCAGAAAAUGCGUGCCAGCCCAUCGAGCCCCCUCCGAGGGACAACUUGACGGGCGCCUUCAUCGUCCUCAUCAAGCGCUUUGACUGCAACUUUGACAUCAAGGUCCUCAAUGCCCAGAAAGCCGGGUACAAGGCGGCCAUUGUUCACAAUGUGGACUCUAAUGACUUAAUCAGCAUGGGAUCCAAUGAUUUGGAUAUUAUGAAGCAGAUAGAUAUUCCCUCUGUGUUUGUGAGCGAGGACACUGCCAACACUCUGAAAGAAGACUUCACGUACGACAAGGGGGGACACGUGGUCCUCAUGCCAGACUUCAGUCUGCCGCUGGAAUACUACCUGAUCCCCUUCCUCAUCAUCGUGGGGAUCUGCCUCAUCCUCAUCGUUGUGUUCAUGAUCACCAAGUUUGUCCAGGAUCGACACAGGGCUCGGAGGAGCCGCCUGCGGAAAGAUCAGCUAAAGAAACUUCCUAUCCACAAGUACAAGAAAGGGGACAACUAUGACGUGUGCGCCAUCUGCCUGGACGAAUAUGAAGAAGGUGACAAGCUCCGAGUCCUGCCGUGUUCUCAUGCCUACCACAGCAAGUGUGUGGACCCCUGGUUGACCAAAACUAAGAAGACGUGUCCGGUGUGCAAGCAGAAAGUGGUCCCCUCGCAGGGCGACUCUGACUCCGAUUCAGAGGAGGGGGAGAGCGGCCCUGACGAGAACGAGGAGGUGUCGGAGAGCACCCCUCUGCUGCGCUCUCUGGCCUCCACCAGCGCCCACUCCUUCGGCACCAUGUCGGGUGCGUCGCGCUCCGAGCAAGACCCGGAGUCCUCCGACUACGAGGACGACGAGCUGGACAGCAGCGACAGCGACGAAGAGGUCACCGUGGAGACCGUGGUGGUGCAGAUGCAGCAGCCCUGCUCUGAAGGCCACGAGCAUGACCUGCCCCGAGCUUGACUCCCUCCUCACCCUCACCCCCCCCCCCCUAACCUCUCACCUGCAGAGACUUUCGUUUGGGGGACACAAAACAGAUUCAUCUUUCAAGUUUUUCUGUCACUGCUUACAAGACAUUGUAAUGUAUUCUCUCUACAAGUUCAAAUGCAAAUCUUUAAGUUUUACUUUUAACAUGAUUACAGAUAACGUGCUGAUUUCCAACUGUGUGACAGGAAGUCAUUUAGCCUAUCUGAGGGGCCGCUUGGCAGGACUGGUGAUGUACAGUAGACUUUUCCACUGUACUAUUUAGUCAUAAAGAUGAUUCACAGACAAGUGCAAAAGUCCCAGACACACAAUAUCACGCUUGUUCCGUAAAAGUACAGUGUAUAUAAAAAAGAAAAAGUAUAAAUCACAAUAAGUUGCACAUUUACUUUUGAUGAUCUCCUAUCCUACAUAUUUCAGAUUAUUGGGAAGUCUCAUUAUUGUACAUACAUGUUCAUGCUACACUGAUGCUCCAUGAACCGCUAUGCAGCAUCCUUUUUGUAAAAGAUUUAACUAACAUGAAGCAAGUAUAGAAAAGUUAAAAGCCACAGCAAUAUGGUUUUUGCCAAUUUAUUUCUAGCCUGAUGUAUGAAGGAGCCAUGGUGCUCCUGUCUGUGUUUUGUGCCACGGUUAAUCUGUUAAGAUUCACUCUGAGAAACACAUUUGAAGCAAAGAAUGUCCUCUCCAUGGGACAUUACGUCAUGUUGAAAUUGUGGAGAGACACUCGAGUGGAAACUGUCCACGCUGCCUGUGGUGAACUUCUUUUGGCUGCUCCAGACCUAUCACUCCAUUUAACACAAGCAGUUAUUGGUUUAAUAGGCCUUGUAAUACACAUUUAACUGACGUAUCUCAUUUUAAUAGUUUAUAGUAAAUACGCUUUUUUUCUCCAUAACAUGGGCUUGAUUUUUUGUUAAUGAAACCUGUUGCCUUUUUCAGUUGAUGUAUUUUGUCUUGUUAGUGAUUUCUUGCUUGUGUCUGUUCUUAAUACGAAUUCACUUCAAUAAAAUGAAAAUGACACUUGACAAGGAAA